AUCCCCCUUUAGCUCUGCAGUGUGUGAAAGAUCCGAUAUAAAGACGUCGACCAUCACUUUACUAUGAAAUAGUGCAGCUUCUUCCUUCUUUCAGGAAGGUCCGGUCUGGAUAAAAGUAAUCGUUAGAAAAUGACGUUCGGAGUUGGGCAUUCGCCUCUUUUUAUUCAAGGCUCAAACUGGGCCAUUGAGAACAUUAUCGAAGUUCCAAUGGAUUCCGUGCUCGGUGAUCCUGCAUUCGUAUACGUCAACGUCUUCUCCCUGAUCUUUCGCAUAGUUAUCCAACUUGAGAGACUUUUUGUUAAGAAAAAGAAAACCCGCUCUUCUAGAAAAAUUGGCGAAGAUCAGCACGCCAUCUUCAAAUCGCUGGAGAGAUCCUUGCAGACCAGUGGAAUCGACGGUAGAGCUUGCCUUUUGCGAGCCAUUUGCGAAAUGCAGCAAGUCCCUUUCAACCAUUAUUCAAUUAUGGGUGAAAUCCUCACAGCUCUUUUCACCCCUAAACGUGGCGCUGGCAACAUGAUGCAGGAGUAUCUGGAAGCAGAAAAACUGGGUCAAGCGGACGCAGAAUCCUGUGCUUCCGCCUAUUACACAUGCCCAGUAUCUCUAUUCAAAAUGAUGCGCACGUACAGCACUCCGGCCGACAAGCCACAUGACCAUCAUCAUAACGGUCAUCAUGCAAGGGAUGAGCAAGAAAAAGGGCGACGUGUUGAUUCAGAAGUUCCGUACGAAGAAUCUCAUGGAAUAUUUGCAGAUGAUCCUGACGGGUUGAAUCACUUAGCUGAUAAAUUCAGGGUCGAUAUGUUUUAAUUUUUUAUGCACCAUCAGCGUUCGCAAUAUUAAAAAAAAAAAUCGGCUAAAAAACCAAACAUAGAUCGACUCGACAAACUGCGAUUUAUUCAUUCGUGUAUUUACCUAUUUAUUUUGAACUAUAGUUCUCAUUUCACACUGUGCGUUUAUGUACCCAUGACGGUAUGUUUGAAAUACAUCUUAAAUUACACAACUGUA